UUGCCGGGGCGCGCGGGGCCUGCGGUCCCGGCCCAGCUCAGCCCGGCUCGGCGGCUGCUCGGCCCGGGCCCCCUCCCCGGGAGAGCUUCCCUGCCGUCUCCCCUCGUGGUGGUGCAGCAGCGGCAGGAUGUGCGAAGGGCCAUCCCGGAUUUCUGGACCCAUUCCUCCAGACCCUGUGCUCUUUCCAAACUACUACAAACGCCCCUUCUCAGCUCGAGGGAGGCUGGAAGGGAAUGCUCAGAAGCUGGAUUUUACCUCUACCCCCAUGGGCCCAGUUCCCAACCCAUCCUCUGCUUUUGGCAGUGCCCACCAGGUCCAGCCAGCCCCUCGCAUUCGCCCCAGUGGCAAGGAUUUCCUGGAGAAGGGACAGAAGGGGACACUCGGCCUCUUGCUGCAGCUUGAAGGGAUCUCCCUUGAUGCGGGGCUGCCAGCCAGGAGGAAAGAGUCCAAGGACCACGAGAAGGAAAAUGUGAGGCGAAUAAAGGAGAUUCAGAAAAAGUGCAAAGAGAAGGAGCAAGCCCAGAAGCACAGCCAGCCCAGGCCUGUGAAAGCUCUGUGGAAAUCCCAGAAAUAUGAAAACGUGGAGUCAAAGGUGAAGGCCAAACUGCAGGAGAGCUCCCCACCUCCAAAUCCAGAGGCUGUGAAAUUCCUGAGGGCUUUCUCUCGCUGUGGCCCUGGGAUCAAGCCGUGCAAACCGUUCUCCCCAAGGUCUGCCAGGACAAAAGCAGGGCCAGACACGGAGGCUCCAGAGGCUCUGGGUGCUGAAACCAAGAUGCACGUGGAGGGCAAGAGCAUCGACUUCAUCAGGCACAACGCCCGCCACGCCGGGCGGGCCCCGCUGCGCCGCUCCCAGUCCCUGCAGGCGCUGGCUGAGCUGCUGGAGCAGAAGCACCGGGAGCAGCAGGAGUACAACACCAAGCAGAAGGGCCAUGUCCCCCAGUACCUGCUGGAGAGGAAGGAGCUGUGGCGCAGGCAGGUGGAGGAGCGGCUGCGGAACCUGCCAGAUCCUGACACCCCACCUGGUCAUGCCUUGAUGCCGGAGAACCAGCGGCUGGAGACCCUUGGCAACCUGAAGCAGAGCCAGGAGCAGCUGGUAAAGGACCUGGUGAUGCUUCCAGUGCGCACAGACACCCUGAGCAUGCAGAAGAGGCGGGUGGAGCUGGAGAGGAAGCUCUCCCAGAUAGAGGAGGCCAUCAAAAUUUUCUCGAGGCCCAAAGUCUUUGUCAAGCUGGACUCCUGAGCUGGUAGGACUGGGUGUGUUGUGCUGUUCUGCAUGAACAGCCUUCAUCGCUGAGAAGGGACCAUCAUCACUUUGGGAAGGAAGGAGAGGAAGGCAAAUUCAGGACCCAGAGUCCCUGCAGUGUCCAACGUGCAGCUGGUAUCUCUUGCUCACCCUUCAGUGCUGUGACUUGUCCCUGGAAAAGGGAGGGAGGUGCCCUAAGAUACUCUGCUCUUUGGUCUGGAGAACAGUUGUCUCUGUGCUGCUUCACUUCUCAGAGAUCAGCUCUCUGCUCUGGAUCCAUGGCAUCACCUCUUAAAUUCCCAUUUUUUCCCUCUUCUAGAAGCUGGUAGGAUGUCUCCCAUACUGCUGCCAGUGGUGUUCCUUGUCCCUUUCUUUCUCCUGAGCUGAGCCAUGGUCCUGGCUCCUUCUAGGCACCUGCAGGCUUGUCUGCACACAAACCUUGUGCUGUACAUCUGUGUGUGUGCCUGGUCCUGAGCACUGACCCAUCCUGCUCAUCAGCCUCUGCACCCUCUGACCUGGGCUGAGCAGCUCAGGGACAGCCUGGGGACAGCAAAGAGCUGCAGAGCUUCAGUCCUUUCUGCCCAGGGAAGAGCUGGGCUGGAUACAGGGGGAUCUGGCAGAUGUUUGGAGAAGUGUUUGUAGAAGCCUUUGUGGACUGUGGGCAGGACGUGCUCCAAUAAAACAUCAUUUCCCUCUU